AGUAAAUCAAGGCAUUCAUCCAUAACCUAAGCCUGCGAGAGAAACGGUCCAACGACACUAGCAUCAGCCUAAACUAAAAACAUCAGAAACGCAAGCAUCUUGCGCGGCGCUGAGGAAUGAAACGCAGCUAUAAUGGGUGUAUAUAACAAAAAAGGAACUAUUAAAAACUUAACCGUAAGUCUUUUUUGAUUUUUGCUGCUGGUUGUAGACGUCAUUGGAUUGGAGAAUUGGCAUCGUGCAGGAUUUCUAUGCUGUUUUAGCCGUCUACGUGUGAAUAUAUAGCGGAGAACAUUCUGUGGGUUUGAAUCACAACAGCUUCAACCAUGUCUGGCGCCUCGGUGAAAGUGGCUGUCAGAGUGCGGCCCUUCAACUCCAGAGAGACCAGCAAAGAAUCAAAAUGCAUAAUACAGAUGCAAGGGAACUCCACUACUAUUUUGAACCCCAAGAACCCAAAGGAACCACCCAAAUCCUUCAGCUUCGACUACUCGUACUGGUCUCACACCUCACCGGACGACCCCAGUUUUGCGUCACAAAGCCUUGUGUACAAUGACAUCGGGAAGGAGAUGUUGCAGCAUGCUUUUGAGGGCUAUAACGUCUGUAUUUUCGCCUACGGCCAGACCGGAGCUGGCAAGUCCUACACCAUGAUGGGAAAGCAAGAGGAAGGACAGGAAGGCAUUAUUCCUCAGCUCUGUGAAGAACUCUUUGAGAAAAUCAAUGACAAUAACAAUGAGGAGAUCUCGUACUCGGUGGAGGUGGCUUAUAUGGAGAUCUACUGUGAGCGGGUGAGGGACCUGCUAAACCCUAAGAAUAAAGGGAACCUGCGUGUCAGGGAACAUCCUCUACUUGGGCCGUAUGUUGAAGACCUCUCAAAACUGGCCGUCACCUCUUACACAGACAUAUCUGACCUCAUGGAUGCUGGUAACAAAGCUAGAACUGUUGCCGCCACCAACAUGAAUGAGACGAGCAGCCGCUCUCAUGCAGUCUUCACUAUCGUUUUCACCCAGAGGAAGUAUGACAGCGAGACAGACCUGUCCACAGAGAAGGUCAGCAAAAUCAGCCUGGUGGAUCUGGCAGGAAGUGAGCGUGCUGACUCAACAGGGGCCAAAGGAACCAGACUGAAGGAGGGAGCAAACAUCAAUAAAUCUUUAACUACACUAGGAAAGGUCAUUUCAGCGCUAGCUGAGGUGGAUAACUGUACCAGCAAGAGCAAGAAGAAAAAGAAGACAGACUUCAUUCCUUACCGAGACUCAGUGUUGACAUGGCUCCUAAGAGAGAAUUUAGGAGGGAACUCAAGGACAGCUAUGGUGGCCGCCCUGAGUCCUGCUGACAUUAACUAUGAUGAAACUCUCAGCACACUCCGAUAUGCAGACAGAGCCAAGCAGAUCAAGUGCAACGCUGUCAUCAACGAAGACCCCAACAACAGACUGGUGCGGGAGCUGAAGGACGAGGUGACGCGUCUAAAGGAGCUGCUCCGUGCCCAGGGCCUUGGGGACAUUCUGGACAUCGAGCCAAUGGGGGAUGAUUACCUUGGAAGUGGAAGCAAAUACCUGAAAGAUAUACACAACAGUAAGCAUAGAUACUUGCUUGCCUCAGAGAACCAACGGCCUGGCCAUUUCUCCACAGCACCUAUGGGCUGCCUGACAGCCUCUCCGUCCUCAGGCUCUCUGUGCAGCCAGGCAGGGCUCCAGUCUGUCUCAAGCAUCCAGGAGCGCAUCAUGUCCACGCCGGGCGGAGAAGAGGCCAUCGAGAGGCUGAAGGAGUCAGAGAAGAUCAUAGCCGAGCUGAAUGAGACCUGGGAGGAGAAGCUGAGGAAGACUGAGGCCAUCCGUAUGGAGAGAGAGGCACUGCUGGCAGAGAUGGGGGUGGCCAUACGGGAGGACGGGGGAACCCUGGGUGUCUUCUCUCCUAAAAAGACCCCUCACCUAGUGAACCUGAACGAGGAUCCUUUGAUGUCAGAAUGUCUGCUUUAUUAUAUCAAAGAUGGAAUAACAAGGGUGGGUCAGGCAGAUGCAGAAAGAAGACAGGAUAUAGUUCUAAGCGGAGCUCACAUCAAAGAGGAGCACUGUAUUUUCCGCAGUGAGAGGAAUGCUAAUGGAGAUGUGAUUGUCAUGUUCCAGCCAUGUGAAGGAUCCGAAACAUAUGUGAAUGGAAAACGUGUGACUUCUGCAGUCCAGCUGCGCUCAGGUAACCGCAUUAUCAUGGGAAAGAACCACGUGUUCCGAUUUAACCACCCUGAGCAGGCUCGCGCUGAGCGUGAGAAGACCCCGACAGCAGAGACCCCCGUAGAGCCAGUGGACUGGACCUUUGCCCAAAGAGAACUGCUGGAGAAACAGGGUAUCGACAUGAAGCAAGAGAUGGAGAAAAGGCUUACAGAAAUGGAGAUCCUGUACAAAAAAGAGAAGGAAGAAGCCGACCAGCUGCUUGAGCAACAGAGACUGGUAUAUGAGAGUAAACUGCAAGAGCUGCAGAAACAAGUGGAGACUCGCUCACUGGCUGCAGAGACCCCAGAUGAAGAGGAAGAAGAAGAGGAAGAGGAUGAAGUGCCCUGGACCCAGCAUGAGUAUGAGCUGGCCCAAUGGGCUUUCAGGAAGUGGAGAUACCACCAGUUCACCUCCCUCAGAGACCAGCUGUGGGGCAAUGCUGUGUACCUCAAAGAAGCCAAUGCCAUCAGUGUGGAGCUCAAGAAAAAGGUCCAAUUCCAGUUUGUCUUACUCACGGACACCCUCUACUCUCCGCUGCCCCCGGAGCUGCUGCCUCCAGAACCAGAGAUGGAGCGUGACACUAGGCCUUUCCCUCGAACAGUGGUGGCUGUGGAGGUUCAGGACUUGAAGAACGGAGCCACUCACUAUUGGUCCCUGGAGAAACUUAAGCAGAGGCUGGACCAGAUGCGAGAGAUGUAUGACCGUGCAGGCGAGAUGGCCUCGUCCAAUCCGAGUGAGGAUGUGGAGGGUGCUUUAACCGGCAGUGACCCGUUCUAUGACCGCUUCCACUGGUUCAAGCUGGUUGGGAGCUCACCUAUUUUUCACGGCUGUGUGAACGAGCAUCUCGUCGACCGCACUCCCUCGCCCACCUUCUCCACUAGCGAUUCGGAGAUCACUGAGCUGGCCGACGAACGGCAGAGCGAGAUGGAGGACUUCAUGGAUGACGAAGCUUUCGUGGACGACACCAGCUCAGACGCUGGGACCGAGGAAGGCUCUGAUAUCUUCAGCGACGGGCAGGACCCCUUCUAUGACCGUUCCCCGUGGUUCAUCCUGGUGGGCAGAGCUUUCGUGUACCUGAGUAACCUGCUGUAUCCUGUGCCUCUGGUGCACCGUGUUGCUAUAGUAACAGAGAAGGGAGAUGUGCGAGGAUUCCUGCGAGUGGGGGUCCAAGCCAUCGCUGCUGACGAAGAGGCUCCUGAUUAUGGAUCUGGUGUGCGUCAGUCGGGCACUGCUAAGAUUUCCUUCGACAAUGAGUAUUUUAAAAAGAGUGAUUUCUCCUCCAUGGUCAUGACCUGCUCUGGCCUCUCUUUAGAAGAGCUGCGUAUCGUGGAAGGUCAAGGUCAGAGUUCGGAGGUCAUCACCCCUUCAGAAGAGAUGAACAGAAUAAAUGACAUGGACUUGAAGCUUGGGAACGUGGACGCAAAACUGGGUGACUGCUUGGCAGAGCAUCUGGAAGUGGGCAGCAUUUUCACUUUCCGCGUCACUGUUCUGCAGGCGAGCAGCAUCCCGCCCGAGUACGCAGACAUCUUCUGCCAAUUCAAUUUCCUCCACCGUCACGAUGAGGCGUUCAGCACAGAGCCCCUGAAGAACACAGGCAGAGGUGCCCCGCUGGGCUUUUACCACGUACAGAAUAUCUCAGUGGAGGUGACAGAGUCCUUUAUUGAGUACAUAAAGACCAAGCCAAUUGUGUUUGAAGUGUUUGGACAUUACCAACAGCACCCACUGCACAUUCAUGGACAGGAAGUGGUCAGCCCUUCUGAGCCUUCUAGAAAGUAUUACCCCCCACCUAUGCCUUUGUCUAAACCAGUGCCAGCCACCAAACUGAACACCAUUACCAAGUCUAACCUGGGUCAGUGUGUGAGCAAGUAUGACCUGCUGGCCUGGUUCGAGAUCAGUGAACUGGAGCCCACUGGAGAUUAUAUCCCAGCAGUAGUAGAUCACACAAGAGGUCUUCCCUGUCAUGGCACGUACCUAUUGCACCAGGGCAUUCAGCGUAGAAUAACAGUCACUCUGAUCCAUGAGAAGGGCAGUGAGCUGCACUGGAAGGACGUCCGAGAGCUGGUGGUUGGUCGAAUUAGGAAUAAGCCAGAAGUGGACGAGUCGGCCGCAGAUGCAGUCCUGUCUCUAAACAUCAUCUCAGCUAAAAACCUCAAAUCCUCUCACAACUCCAGCAGCCUUUGUAUUGAUAGCGAUAUAGCUAGGACGUUUUACAGGUUCGAGGCUGUCUGGGACAGCUCCCUGCACAACUCUCUCCUGCUGAACCGUGUCACUCCCUACGGAGAGAAGAUUUACAUGACCCUGUCGGCUUAUCUUGAGCUUGAUCAUUGCAUCCAGCCUGCCAUCAUCACCAAGGACAUCUGCAUGGUCUUCUACUCCAGAGAUGCUAAGAUCUCUCCUCCACGCUCCCUGAGGAACCUGUUCGGCAGUGGCUACUCCAAAACCCCCGACUGUAAUAAAGUGACUGGAAUCUAUGAGCUAAGCUUAUGCAAAAUAGCUGACACGGGAAGCCCAGGUAUGCAGCGACGGAGACGGAAGGUUCUGGAUACAUCUGUGGCGUAUGUUCGUGGAGAGGAGAACCUGGCCGGUUGGAGACCCAGAGGAGACAGUCUGAUCCUGGAGCACCAGUGGGAGCUGGAGAAACUCGAGCAGUUGCAUGAGGUGGAGAAGACACGUCACCUGCUGCUGCUCCGUGAGAAACUGAGUGAGACGCCUCCUCCUAAAUCCCUGAGCGACUCCCUGUCUCCCAGUCUGAGCAGCGGCACCCUCAGCACCUCCACCAGCAUCUCCUCCCAGAUCUCCUCCACCACCUUUGAGAGCGCCAUCACACCCAGUGAGAGUAGCGGAUACGACUCCACAGACAUCGAGAGCUUGGUAGACCGCGAGAAGGAGCUGGCCACUAAAUGUCUCCGUCUCCUGACACACACUUUCAACAGUGACUACAACCAGAUGUGUAACAGCAUCAGCGACUGCAAGUUGUCGGAUAUUUCUCCUAUGGGCCGUGAUCCAUCCGUCACCAGUUUCAGCAGUGCUACUCUCACACCCUCCUCCACCUGCCCCUCUCUGUCAGACUCUCGGACCCCUGAAGCGAACUCUCGUGCCACUAGCCCUUCAUGCUCAGACUAUGAGAACUUCCCCAUGGUGCCCAUUCUGGAGACGUCCUACCUGGCCCGCGCCGGCAAACACGAGUUCCUCAACCUUGUGCCUGAUAUUGAGGAAAUGAGACCUGGGUCUGUGGUGUCUAAGAAGGGAUUCCUCAGUUUCAUGGAGUCCCUCUCCAACUCCUGGGUGAAGCACUUUGUGGUGGUUCGCCGGCCAUACGUGUUCAUCUACAACAACGACAAGGACCCAGUAGAGAGGGGAGUGCUGAAUUUAUCCACUGCUCAGGUGGAAUACAGUGAAGACCAGCAGGCCAUGCUCAAGACGCCCAAUACAUUCGCCGUGUGCACCAAGCACAGAGGGAUCCUCCUCCAGGCCAACAAUGACAAAGACAUGAACGACUGGCUGUAUGCCUUUAACCCACUGCUAGCAGGAACAAUAAGGUCAAAGCUGGCGAGGAGACGGUCCAGUCUGAUGAAGAACUGAACGAGAUCGUGCUCACCUUAACAGUGUAGUGUGUUAACACUUCAAAAUCUUUGUGCUUCUUGACAGUUUCUCUUGUAUGUAGACCUGUGGCUCUGUUCUCCUCUCCAGCAAAUGAACUUUCAGUUCCUCAACACCUCCCUCCCUCUUCCUCCUCCUCCUCCUCUCCCCCUCUCUGAUGUGUUAUUGAUUGGAUUUAUUCCGUCUUCAGUUUUGUUCUUUGUCAUAACUGAACCUCCUUCAAGUAGCAUGUUGUAAUAGUCUCUUUGUGUGUGCACGAAUCUUCAGAGCAGGUUCUGCUUUCUCUUGAGUUCCUCUCGUCUGGAAACCUCGUCCUUACAGUGUUGUCUGCCAGGAACAUCUUACCCUCAGGAGAAAGUUGGUUUGCUAUAAAAAACCCAUUGAGUAAAAAAAAGAAUAAUAUAAAUAACAUUUAAAAUAUUCCGUUUUUGAAUUAACACAAAAUCAACUCUCUCUGUAAGAAAAUAUACAAGACGAAAACAAAUAGCUGUGCUCCAGAUAUUGCUUAAACAAAUGAUUUUAAAUGGACCACAUUUAAUUUUCUAAACAAAGAAAUUGACCCUUACACUGAAUGUUAUUGCAGUAUUGGUUUAAUGGAUUUGCUCAAUCAAAGCAGGACGUUGACCGUGUACAUACAGCCGUUUACUCGCCAAGCCUGUCGCUGACUAUUUGCUUGACAUAAAACACACCAUUAGCAAAGUACAGUAUGUAAUCAUGAGACAUAUAAUACCAGGGAAAGAAAAAUGAUGGUGAUGAUAUCUCAAAUAACGCUUUUUCGGUAGCCUACAGGAGUAUUCUACUCGAUUCCUCAGUAGAUUAGGUAAAAAAAAAUGGUGCAAAACAAUUACCUUAACGCAGAACAACUGACUGAAUGAAUCUAUUUGUUCAUAACGUUCAGGAUUACUGUGCUUAACGCUACUCAUGACGAGACAUGAUGCAUUAUGGGUUUCUGUCCUUGUAACUGUAUUACUGAAACCAUUUUCCUGCAGUUUUAGCAAGAAAGAUCCGUUGGUUUUGUUUCUUUGAAGACCAAACGCUUGAGUGAGAUACUGAUUCGAUGGGUUAUAGUUAACAAAGUGAAGGAUUGAAUUAUUUUUUUCUGCAGGAUCAUUAAACCAGCCUUUAUUCCUCUUGAGGAUGAGCACGAUCACUUUUUAAUAUUAUUGAACAUUUAUCUUGUAUCUCCACUGAUUAUCUUAACUUAUUUUUAUUAACGUGAUCAGUGUUUUACAUUAUACAAUGGAAGGCAAGAAGGGCACUUUUCCUCAAUUUUAAUUCAGCUGUUCUUCUUUACUUAUUUGAACAGACCGAGUUUGAGCUAUAAAACAGUUUGAUCACUGUCGGUAGAAAUUGGGCUAAUUAUGCAGUUCACUGCAGUGCAGGGAUGGCAGUGUUCUGUUUUUAUUUUUUUAUUUUUUUUCUUUGCUCUGUGCAUUUGAAGACAUGCAGUCAAGAGCCAAAUGCUGAAGUUAGCAGUGACUCAGUUUGAUGGUGAAAUGUCAGCCAUUUGGUUGAACGUAUAACAGUCCUCUGGCCAGACAACCAGCAGGAAUUAUUGACCACCAGACUGUCACACUGUCAAUCCUUAUGAAGUCAAUGUUCUUGCUGCAUCAUACACUGCACUUUCUCUUCUUUUCACAGGAAACACAUGAAAAUGGCUCAUAAAGUCAAGUCCUUAGGUCAACCAGCCUUUAGGCUUCAACUGAGCUGUUUGAUUGUUACAUCAUCUGUGAAAAUGUUCAGAUUUAAUGUUCAGAUCUGGCACAUAUAGUGCGUAAAGGUUAGUGAAGGUUAGCAUUUAUCUAAAUACAUGAUGAGUGUUAGUUACUGUUACAAAGUUUGGCCAGAGCAAAGUUUUUUGUUUUUUUAUCCAUCUUUGUUGAGUGGCUUGGUUGACUAAUAUGAUAUUCAUAAUGAAUUUCAUUAACUAUUUUUUUUUUUUUUUUUGCAAUGUAUAUGUUUAGUUUGCAGCUCUUUGCACGUAUUUAUACAACUAACAGAACAAAGAAAGCUUGAACGAUGUUUUUGUUGUUUUCUCAAUUGGAAGCCAGAUGGUUUUAGGUUGUGGUGUUUUUCUCAUUGAAGUGGACUUUGAAUGUACCUUGCGUUUCACUAAAAGUGCAUGAAUGAGAGGACUGACAUGUUGCUGUGCUUAUUUCUUGAAAUAGAAAUCUGUCUGUGUUACAAAGGCACUUUUUCACAUUUAGGUUAUAGAUAUGGAGGGCAGAGUUAUGAUGAGGCCUGUUCAUUUUGAUUUCUAACAUCAGGGAAUAUAUUUUUUUUAGAAUAAAAAAUUGCUUUUGUGCUCACUAGUGCAUUUUUUCCCAUGCUGCCUCUGAAGCAUCCCUGGCAUUACUGUAUCAUCCCAUCACUCCCUGUCAUUGUGAUGAAACUACAGAAAACAGUUCAGCUGUGGCAUUAACACUGUACAUUAUUUGUCAGAUUGGCUUCAUUUUCAUACUUAUUUUGUAAAUAUUUCAUGUUGUAUGGAACUUGGAUUAAAAUGUAAAUAUGUCUCCUGUAUUUGUAAUAAUUAUAAUCCAUUCGCUGUAUAGCCUAGACGUGUAAUGCAUAUAUCUUAAUUCUGUGUAUGGUAACCUUGCACCAUUGACCUGUUUAGUGAAUGAGGUACAAAUAAAAUUACAACCAGUGCAUUAGAUGAGCAA